AUGAAAAUAAUUCUCAUUGCAACCUGUCUCCUUCUUGGAGCCAUCCUUGUUUCCUGCCAGCAACAACAACAACAAGGUACUGAUCAAACAAGCUCAACCUCUUCCAAUCAAUCCAACGAUAUCAAACUUCCAUUGAAUUGCAGCACCAGCAUGUCAGUAGUCUUUCCAGCAGAAAUAAUUCUACAAGCCUAUCUUGAAAGUGACACUGCCAAUGUUACAGCUCUUUGGCUCAAUAUCAUGCUAGCUUCCCAAAAACAAGGUGCCUCACUCACUCAAUCAGCCAUUUCCAAAUAUUCCUCCAAUUCUCAAUUAGUUUCACUUUUACAAGAAUUGAAUGCAAACAUGACUCAAAUGGAACAACAACUUUCUGGAUUAUUCUCAUCUUUGCAAUUGCAACAAUUACCUGACAUUCAAAAUCUUACCUAUGGUGAUGAUUGUUCAUUGAGAGCUGCUACAGUUGAUAAUUUGAGAGGUCCAUGUGAUUUUAUAUUUGUCUUGAUUCAUAGAAUGGCAAUGGCAAAGGUUGUUAACUUGUUGGCCAUUUCUGAAGGUGAUAUUAAUCAACAAGUUGGUGAUAUUGCUUACAAUGAAUUGGUCAAUUCAUCCAAUACUAUUGAAAAAUUAUUGCAAAUUGCAAAGGCAUCCAAUUGCUAUGCCCAACAAUAA